ACAGAAAGCUGGGGCCAGAGAGAGAGAGAGAGAGAGAGAGAGAGAGAAUGGCAUCAAUAGUUCUGAGCUCCUCCAUGCCGCUGCAAAAGCCUUGGCGGAAAGUUUUCACUUGGGAACGAAGCAAAAAUUUUAGAAUGUUGAGGGCGAGUCUGGCCGACGGUGAUGCGCUGCUUAAAGCAGCCAAGUACACAGUGGAUACUUACAUCAGAAGUGGAAUGGUGGUUGGACUAGGAUCUGGUCAUGCUUCUUGUUUGGCAAUAGAGUAUUUGGGCCGACAACUUAAAGAAGGAACUUUAAAAGAUAUAGUAGGGAUACCCAUGUCUAAUUUUAGCGGGAGUGAAGCUGUGAAGGCAGGAAUCCCAUUAGAUGAAUACCAAGAAAGCUCUCAAAUUGAUUUUGCGUUUAAUGAUGCUGAUACCAUGGAAGAGGGAACACUUAUAGCCAUCAUUGGUCGCCGGAAAUGGCAAGGUGGUGAGUCUAUAAUCCAAGAGAAGUCCAUUGUAGAGGAAGCUGGUAAGCUUGCAUUCAUUGUUACUGAAAGGCAAUAUGGAAGACUUCUAGAUGGUUCUGUUCCAGUCUUGGUUCAUGCUUAUAACUGGAUGCACACUGCGGAAGAAAUUGACGACCUUUUCCUAGGAGAUGCAGAGGUGUGGAGGAGACCGGCUUUGGGACAUUCUGGUCCACUGGGAGGUGACUUCCCUUUAGUUACCAGAGACGGACAUAAUAUUCUUGAUCUCAUCUUCACUUCUCCCAUAUUGAAUCCAGCUGAAGUGGCAGAAAGCUUAGAUAAAAUUGUUGGGGUUGUGGACCAUGGAAUUGUAUCUGGAAUCUCCUGCACAGCAAUAAUUGCUUCAGAGUAUGGGUUGCGGAUUGUGGAAAACGUGCCAAAGAAAACAAGCAAGGGAUUGUAAUUUUCAUGUCGGUCAAGGCUAAUAUGAUUGAUCUAAGUAUUGAUUCUGC